UGUUUGAUAGAUAAUAAUUCCUUUAAAUCUUAUAAAGUGUUAACGCUAGACGAAAGUAAUUUGUUAUAAUAAAUGGAGUUCAGUUUUGUCGUGUAGCCACAGAAUCUGUGGUGUAGCUAUCUAUAUUUGUAUGAUUGCUGCUUAGGUAUAACGAUGUUCCAGUGAGGUUAAUCGAGAGUUACUUUGCAAGUAGUAAAUGCGAAUUUUAAAAAUGGCAUUUCAAACAAAAACAGUGAUAGCAGACGUAAACGAUGCAAGAGUCUUGUAUAAAGCGUUAUGCGGCGUAUUUACGAUUUAUAAACCCACGUACAUGUGUUUCGAAAAAAUGAAAUACACACUGAUCUCCAAUUUAUGCAGAGAUCUUAACAAUAAAAAUGUACGACCGCCAGUUAAAUAUGUGAGCAUAGACGGUCCCACUAACAGCCAUAUGAGAGUUCAGACACGCUAUAGCUAUUCGGACAAUACGUUGGUUGUAGGACCUCGUUAUCAAAAACAAGAUUUUAUAUUAGGAGCUUCGAGAAUCGUUCUAGCGGAAAGCAGUGGUGUUGUAGUCUGCGGUAUCAACGAAGGUACUUCGUUUAUAAAAUCGAUGAGAUACUCGAAUUUUACGAAGUUUUACAAGGUAAAGGGUUUAUUGGGCCAAGCAACAGAUACUUAUUUUCAUACUGGAAAAAUAAAAGAAAGAUCUACGUACAAUCACGUGAAAAGAGGUCACAUUGACAGAAUAUGCAAUUCGAUGCAAUCUUCUCAUCAAAGAAAGAUGUUCGAACAUUGUGGAGUUGAUAUACAGAGUCAAGCAGCAUAUGAUUUAGCAGUGAAAGGUCUGCUUAGGCCGGCAGAUCGUAAAAUUCCUAUGAUAUACACAAUCAGAUGCAUAGACUUUUCACCUCCUGAGUUCACUCUGGAGAUUGUCUGUAUAAAUGAAGAUGAAAUGUAUUUGAAAACUAUAGUUCAUGAUGUGGGAAUAAGACUUCAUAGCACUGCUACUUGUACCCAAAUAAACUGUCUUCAAGAUGGAUUAUUUAAUGCCGACAUUGCGUUAUUAAAAAAACACUGGACCUUGUAUGAUAUUUUAUCGAAUAUGCAAAUGUGUCAUAGAAUCAUUCAAAAGAAUAAAAGUGUACUGUAUAAAGGUAGUCCCACAUUAAUGGAGUACGAUACUGAUAAUGUAGCCAAAUCUCAAAAAGAAUUGGAACCGUGAAUAUAUGUAUUUUAAUAUGAUUGUUAAAAAUUUA